UUCAAGAUUGUUACUGGUUAUCGCCUUCGUCACUGUAAGGCUCUCUCAACGCAGAAACCCUAGUUUUCCCUAUCUCGGUGUGUGUUACAUUGAGUACCUGCUGGAAUUUCGCUCGCCCUUUUGUGCGGAAACAUGGCGGGAAACGAGUGCUUGCCCAUGAAGAUGAAGAGGAAGGACAUUGACCGAGUGAACGAUAGCUUUUCCGACUUCUCUCUCUCUUCUCCGGCCAGGAAGAUUCGACGCCUGGACGUGGAAUUGCCGCCGAUUAUGGAGGAAGAUGAGGCGGAGAUGGCGAUGGCGAAGCCUGUGGCCCAAGAAUCGAAGCUGGAACCGGUGAAUGAGGAGAGGGCCAUUGUUGUUUACAACCCUCCACAAGCUCAGCAGCCUUACAGUGGAAAUCUCUAUGUUGAUGCUGACUUGAUUUCUGGGUACAAGAAUAAAUUCCUUCGUGCGGGCUUCUUGGGCGAUGCAGGACUGGAAGAUGACGACUUUGACGAAAACCGAGCAUCCAAUAACUGCCGAGCAGUCAUUCCUUGGAGCCAUUCCGAGUUCCCCACUGCGAAAUCUGCAGAACCCUUCCGACAACCCUGUGCUCCAGAGAUUAUCGAGUUAGACGAGACGGGUGAGGAUGCAAUGAUGGAAGCAGCAUCAAUGGAGAUCGAAGAGGACAGUAACAGUAACAUGUCUGUGCGUCAAGAGCCUCAGUUCACUCAUGGCUUCGGACAGAUGACGGGAAUGGAGGGUUGGAUUCAUUGGCAACAACCACCACAUUGUAUGAUUCCAUAUCUGCCUCCAACCAACACUACUCCCAUCUCAUGGACCCGAUAAUCAACCUCCCAUAUGCCUUGCCACUUUCUUUCUUCCGGGCAUGAACAUUAGGAGCUUUUAUUAGAAUCUAUUCCUAUUGUUCUUUUCCCCUUGAGAAAGGAAAUGCGGUAUUUAGACAGUACAAGCAGCUGCCUUUAGAUUCCUUUGGAAAAUGGCGUAGAUAUCUUGGUGCGUAUAUGUAUAUACACACACUCACUCAAAUCGAAUUCACCCACGGAUUUGGCGGUGUAA